AUGGCUUUGAUAUUUCAAAGUGAAGAAAUGUGCCUGGUGCAGCUUUUCUUUCAAGCUGAAUCUGCAUACUGCUGCAUCAGUGAACUGGGAGAACUGGGACUCGUGCAGUUUAAGGAUCUAAACCGGGGAACUACGACCUUCCAGCGAAAGUUCAUCAAAGAAGUCAGACGAUGUGAAGAAAUGGAGCGGAUUUUCUGGUUCCUGGAGAAGGAGAUCACAAAAGCAGGCAUUCCGAUGACAGAUGCCAGUGUCCUAGGAGAAGCCCCCUGUGCCCGGGAGCUCCUGGAGCUGGAGUCUGUGAUUGAAAAAGUAGACAAGGACCUGACAGAGAUCAACUCCAGCCAUGAGGCUUUAAAGAGGAACCUGAUGGAACUCCUGGAGAUGAAGUACCUGCUGCAGAUGAUUCAAGACUUCUUUGAGGAGGCAGAAUAUCAACUUUCCAGCAAGGAAUUUGUUUCAGACGACGCUGAGCCUAAAACUGCAUUUUCAGCAAAGAACAGAAGGACGAGCAGCACCAGUACGGGAGGUCCCAUCAAACUGGGGUUUGUGGCUGGCGUCAUCAAUCAAGAGCGAUUCCCUGCUUUUGAAAGGGUCCUCUGGAGGGUCUGCCGGGGGAAUUUCUUCCUGCGCCACGCGGAGAUUCAGGCCCGUUUCGAAGACCCCAUUGCCACGGUAGAGAUUCUGAAGAAGGAGGUUUUCAUUAUUUUUCUUCAAGGAGAACAAUUUAAAGGAAAAAUAGGAAAAAUCUGUGAAGGGUUUCACGCAACGGUCUAUCCGUGUCCGGACUCAUUGAUUACAAGGAUGGAAGUCAUCAAGACAGUCAACCAGCAUAUUGAAGAUCUCCAGACGGUCCUGAAUCAGACGGACGAACAUCGUCACAGCGUGCUUACCUCUGCAGCGGUCAACAUCCAAAACUGGAAAACGAAGGUGAAAAAGAUGAAGGCCAUUUAUCACAUGCUGAAUCUGUGCAGCAUAGACAUCACCCAGAAGCUCGUCAUUGCCGAGAUAUGGUGUCCCGUUUCGGACCUCAGUGAAAUUCACUCUGCAUUAAUCAAGGGAUCGGAGAAGAGCGGCUCGAGUCUCCAUCCGGUGCUGCACAGAAUAGAGAGCCAGCAGACUCCCCCCACAUUCAACAGGACCACCUCUUUUACCUCUGGCUUCCAGACCAUCAUUGACUCAUAUGGAGUUGGAGACUACCAGGAGAUCAAUCCAGCUCCCUUCACCAUUGUCACUUUCCCUUUCCUGUUUGCUGUCAUGUUUGGGGACUGUGGCCACGGCCUGAUCAUGACUCUCUUUGCGACGUGGAUGAUUUUACAGGAAGGACACUUCAAAAGAUUGAAGAAUGAGCUGAGUGACACCGUUUUCAGUGGGCGCUACAUCCUCCUCCUAAUGGGGAUGUUCUCAGUCUACACGGGCCUCAUUUACAACGAUUGCUUCUCUAAAAGCUUCUCCAUCUUUGCUUCAGCCUGGAAUGUGAGAGCGAUGUUCCAGCCGACCGGCCCGUGGACCAACUACACGGUUCAUAGUUCAGUCACACUGCAACUGGACCCGGUCAGCCCAGGGGUCUUUUCAGGAUCUCCAUAUCCAUUUGGCAUCGACCCUAUCUGGAACCUUUCUUCAAAUAAGCUCGCCUUUCUGAAUUCCUACAAGAUGAAGAUGUCGGUGAUUUUCGGUGUGGUUCACAUGCUUUUUGGAAUCAUGCUGAGCCUAGGAAACUACAUCCAUUUCAGGGAGCCGCGGAACAUCCUAGUGCAGUUUGUGCCUGAGGUCACCUUCAUGCUGGCACUCUUUGGGUAUCUGGUCUUCCUGAUCAUCUUCAAGUGGUGUGCUGUACCAUCAUCAACCUCCAGACAAGCCCCUAGCAUCCUUCUUCACUUUAUCAACAUGAUGAUGUUCAGCUAUCCCGAGUCUUCGGACAGUUUCCUCUACGGGAGUCAGAAGCGAGUUCAGAUCUUCUUGGUGGUGACGGCCCUGUUGAUGGUUCCCUGGAUGCUCCUCGUCAAACCUCUGAUUAUACUGAAGGAACAAAAGAAAGAACAAAGGAGUACAAAGGAGCUGGUCAACAUGGGAGACGUUUUUGUUCAUCAGGCCAUUCACACCAUCGAGUACUGCCUGGGCUGCGUUUCCAACACGGCUUCGUAUCUGCGGCUGUGGGCCUUGAGUCUCGCUCACGCAGAGCUGUCUGAGGUCCUGUGGAAAAUGGUGCUACACGUCGCCCUCUCUGCCCGGGCCACCUUGGGAUCACUGAUGCUGGCUGUCACCUUUGCCAUCUUUGCCAUUUUAACGGUCGCCAUUCUGCUCAUCAUGGAGGGCUUGUCUGCUUUUCUGCACGCACUGCGGUUGCACUGGGUGGAAUUUCAAAACAAGUUCUACAAAGGAUCAGGCUACAAGUUCACACCAUUCUCGUUUGGAAAUCUGUGA